AUGUUGCGCGAGGUGCCGCAGACCCUGGUGGUGGCCGAGCUGCUGCUCACGCUGCGGGGCGAAGGAGAGGCGGAGGCAGGAAGCGACAUCCUCUGCCUGUGCACGCGAGCCUUCGUGGAGUGAGUCGGGGAGGGGGCGAGGGGGGGGGAGCCGGUGUGAGCGGCCAGCCUGAAGGUCUCACUCGCUUUUUUCGCUUGCUCGUUUAUUUCCCGCCUUGUUCGCUGACAGGGAUUCGAGGCGGCUUAAUUGCGGGAGAAGUGGCGCCGAGGAGUGUCCUUUUGAAUUCCCGCGGCUUCUGAGUAGUAGCAACCUGGUGGUGAUGAGGAUGACAAUGGGUUAGAUCCACCAGUUCACUGUUUCCCACCAAACUUAGAACAAUAACAUGCCGCUUUGGAGAGCGCAACCUUUACUGGUGUAAAGAUCUUCACAAGCGGAGAUAUAUAGGGGGGCAAGGGUUAAUAAUACUUUUCUAUCUUUGAAUUGUUUUCUGCAGCACCCCCAAAAAUCACAUUGAAGUGGGGAGGGGGAGUCAUGCACCCAUUGAUACCCCCAGGGGUAUGCGUACCACACUUUGGAAAAUCCUGUUCCUGUUUUAGUUGAACUUCAAGUACCACUGAAAUAGAUGGGACAUGUUAGUCACAACUAAGUCUCAUGUACUUUAGUGGGGUUCCAAGUUCAGCUAAUUUAGCCUGGAUUUUAGUAAUUAUGAGGUUCUGCCACACUUUUGCUAGCUAACAGUGGGGUGAAAUGCAAGGGGUGCCCCCCCCCCGAGUAAAGUAAGGUAAAGCUGCUAUGUGUUAGACUUCUCAUGUUGUUGGCAUUUGUCUGUCUCAGGAUACAAUGGAAGUGUGUGUCUUUGGGGGUAAAGUCAAACUUUUGGAGAGUUGCAGCACCUGCUGUGGCUGUAGAGACUGAUAUGGAACAGGCAUGUUUUGUUGCAGAUUAGGCUGUCUGGUUUUGCUGCUGCAAGUGCACCAUGGUGUUUCUUCUCUCUGUGCUCCUCCCAGUGGACAUUUCUCCAUUGGUCACUGGUGUGGAUGCACCUGACUGUCAUCUCCAGGCACCGUGAUUGUCUGGAAAGGAUUCCCAUACGACGGGGUUAAUGUUGCCAGCCUUCAUGUCACGUUUGCAGGCAUCUUUGUAAUUUAGAGUUGGUCUGUCAACAGGCCUGUUGCCUGAAGGCAGCUCUCCAUAGAGCACAUCCUUGGGGAUUCUGCCAUCUUCCAUUCUGUGUACAUGAGCAAGCCAGCAUAGAUGCCACAGAGACAGAAGUGCAAACAUGUUGGGAAUGUGAGCUUGGGAGAAAACAUCUUUGUUUAAGACUCUGCCCUGCCACGUGGUGCCCAAAACCUUCCUGACACAGCACAUAUGGAAGGCAUUGAGAAAUCACUCCUGGCGGGUGUAAGCUACCCAUGACUCACUUCCAUAAACCAGGAUGUUUGUCUUUGUCAGGCUGAUGGUGAAGCCAAACUCCAUGUAGGCUUGGGCUUGAUGAGUAGGCUGGGGGUUGAUGAGUCUCUGCAGAGUUUCUUUGCGCUCUCAAGGUUGCGUUAUCUACGAACCACAUCUUGUGGAUAAGAACCCGUUGCAUUUUUUGUCUUGGCAUGGAGACGUGCCAGGUUGAACAGCCCCCUGCCACUUCUUGAAUGGAAAUACACACCGUUUUCAGUCAAGCUGAAGGCAUAUGAGAGCAACAGAAAGAAGAAUAUGCCAAAGAGAGUUGGGCUGUCUACACCUUGGGACAACAUUUCAUACAUUUGAUGAAAUGGAAUGUAGCCCAAGAAAUAAAUUCGUUAGUCUUUAAGGUGCCUUAAGACUCUUUGUUGUACAUGAUGACUAGUUUCAGUAAAACUAAAAUUAUAGCAUGUUGUGUAAAGAAGGCCUUUUUUGCAUGCUUUCUUUGUCAUCUGCUAUUUUACUUCCAUAUUUCAUUGAUGGCCUUAACAGUGACAUGUAUUUUUAUUUUAUUCCCUAGGGAUCGAAAACUUUACAAACUAGGCUUGAAGGGAUUUUAUGUCAAAGAUGAAGGUGACAGUAUAGGUAAGAUAUGCUCAAAAUGUUGAAUUAACAUUGUGUGCAUUGCAAAAUAAGUUGUUUGCACACCUGUAAGGUAGAGAAACUUGAAUUAACAAAUUAUAGUUGUAUCCCUGCUAUUAAUUUAUCAACCUAAUGCUCAGAUACAGAUUUUUCAAAGUCCAUAUAAGAAAAUGUAGGUGAAGACUUUUGGAAAAGUGAAGAGAACUUACAUAUGGAAAAUGCUACAACAGUAGUUGUUUUUGAGUAAAGAUAUUGUUCCAAACCACAUAUGAAAUCUGCAUGAAAAUCGGCAAGAUAGGGUGUCUUUAGGUAUGUGAACCAAUGUAGUAUUGCUUAUGAACUACAUAUACAUCAACCUGGGAGUGAGCCUAGAUUAACUUACUUCUGAGUGAACGUGCACAAAAUUCCACUCAGUGUUACACAUGUAUGUGAAUAAACAUGGAUUCAAAUCACUGCUAAGCACUUUUACCCAAGGCUAUCCAAUAUCUCAUAGCCUGAUUCUAGUGAUUCUUAUUAGAUGGUUACAUCAGUACCUGAAAACAAUUAAAUCUCAGGACUCACAUCUAAAAGCCCUCAGCCAUAAAGCAGUAGGAGACUGACCAACAACCCCUUUCCUGCUUUCCCCACUACCCCAAGAAACUGCUGCACAAACUGCUGCAUGUGAAUUCUGUUUAGUAAUUAUUUAUUUUAGUUAGCUUACUGUACAAUUCAUACCCCACCCAUCAAUGAAUUUUUGUAGCGAUUGUAGUGCUGCCCUGAUAGUAUUCAGUCUCUACAAAAGUUCAAUGAUAAAAACAGCAAGUUGGUGGCAAGAGCAAAGCAGCAGAAGAGAACAUAGCAGCAACAAGAACAGGCUAAAAAUAAUUUAGCUGAUAUUUUUAAAAAGCAUGGGAGAAUAAGGAGGACAUGAGAAUAGGUACCUGUGAACCUCACAUGGAGAUAACAUUUCACAAACUGGAACAGGUACAUAGUCUAGGGAAACAUGGUAUGGCUGCUUGCUGCAUGCUUUGUUACAUAGUUUUGCAUUAAAUAGAAUUUCAGGCUUGGACUUAGUGUUUUGCAGCUGGAUUCUCAUAUAGACAGUUGUAUGCCUUUGCUAUCUAGUCUUCAUGACUGUGAGAUCCUCUGGUGCUUUCCCCCCUUGUAUUUGUGUCUGUAGGAAGAAAAAGUGUCUGCAGUAGGAAAUCGUGCUUUUAAUAUUUUAUUUAAAUUCAAGCAUUUUGGGAACUUUAGCUUUGGACUAACAGAGUUAAUCUAAGCAUGGAAUCAAUCACUGAAUAUACAUUUGAAUCGAUUAUUCACUUACAUUUGGUAUUUUCAAGAGAGCAUCUUCUCAAACUUCAAUAAACAUCUCACGCAAUUCGCUUUAAGGGAAAUUAAUCAUUUUUCCUAAGGAAUUUGGUGUACUCUUUUGAAAUGACUGCCACAGGAUGCUUGUUGGGAAAAAUAAUUUGGUAUUGUAAUUCUUCUGCAUCAGAAAUCUAUGACUGACAAAAGUAAAAAUGAAAAUACAACUUUGUAACUUGGUGUUGUGGUUUACAGGGGAAGAUCAAGUAACCACCGAGGAUGAAGAAAAAGACAAGAAACAUAAUUCCUUUGGGACUGCUGAUUUAUCUAACAGCCAUGCUUCUGGAGUGGAAGACAUUGAACUCGAUUCAGAGGCUGAACUCAUGAAACGCAUGGGCUUACCUGUUCAAUUUGGCAAUGCAGCAGCCCAUAAGACAUUGGUAGUAAAACCCAAUGUAUUUUCUGUUCCUUUGUACUAUUUAAAGUUAUUGGAAUGUAAAGUAAAUUUAGUACAUUGCAUUAACAAACCCCACAAAAGAAUUUUCAGGAAUACAUUUCUUUUUCCUCCUGGCUCUAGAAUUAAAAACCAAAGUUAAAUGAGAGAAGGAAUAGGAAAAAUGGGCUUUUAAGAAGUGUGACAAAAGAAAAGUUGAGUUGAAAAUAACAAAUUGGAAAGCAAAUGCAUUAUUGGCUGUUAAUCUAAGAGCGCACUAAAUAAGAUAGCAGUUGAAGAUUAUGGCGUAGAAUCAUAGAAUUGUAGAGCUGGGUAGAUGUGUCAUUUGUGAUUUUCUGGCUGGGUUACAACCAAGCUAUACCAUGAAAAUUUGUGAAAUGAAUUAACUAGGUAACCAUAUUGAAUUAGAAUCUGUUGAACAAAGUACAUAAAAUUGCAUUUAUGCUUUUUCAUGCUGAAUUUCAGGCACUUGAGAAUAUUAGUAAGAAAAGUAAGAAAGUGAAGAAGAAGAAGAAGAUGAAGAAAAAGAAAAUGCUGCAACAAGAUAUUUUCACAGUAAUGCAGGAAUCAUUGAAACAAGAUCUUGAUGAAGAUGACCUGUCUCUUUCUGAUGAUCACUCUUCAAUUAAAAAGGGAUCUGAGAAUGACAAGAGCCGUGAAAAUGGAGACCUUUUACUUGAUGAGUUUCAUAUGAAAGAAAAAUGGGAAAAGUAUUGGAGCGAGUAUGGAGAAGGACUUCUGUGGCAAAGUUGGCAAGAGAAAAAUUUUGAACUUUUGUCUAUUACUGAGCCUUGGAAUAAUCCUGAAGUAAAGGAAAAGUGGGAGCAGCACUAUAAUGAACUAUACUGGUAUUACUGGCAACAGUUUCACUACUGGGCAAGUCAAGGUUGGACUGUUGACACCACACAUAAUAGUGACCUGGAAAAUAGUGCAGGGGAGCUGGAAACCAAGCAGCCAGCAGAAAUGCAGAACAUUGGUGUAGACAGUGUUUGUGUAGAAGUGCUACGCUCCAGCUUACAUUCUCAACUCGCUUCCAGUGCCAGCUGCAAGGAAAAUCCUCCAAAUGAUAAUCACUGUAAUAGUGACAUUCUUCCUGAAAUUAGUAAAAUAAAUCUAAACUCUGAAGAAACAGAACGGUUCAAAUUGGAAAAUGCAGAUGAUUGUAAUGGUCAGAGAGGACUGAGCGUAACAAGCAUUGAAAGGUGUUGUCCUUGUGAUACUUCUCAGACUGUGAAAUGUGAUGAGGGAACAAGAGAAAGUAAUGCGUCUUCUGAAAAUGGAUGUUCAGACAAGCCAGGUUGGUAUACUAGGUUCCCUUUCCCAGAAGGCAUAAGACCCUGUGUUUGCAAAAGCUAGGAAAGAAAUUCCCUUGCAACCAUCCCAUAUUCUGUACUGUGCAUUUCUCCAUUGAGUGGCACAUAUAAAAGCUGUAUUAUUUUGGAUGUUUUAUUCCACAUUCUUUGCAAUCCUGUUUCCCUUUCCCUCCCCUUUUCCCCAAUCCUGCAACUCACAUUCUCAGCUGAAGAAGUGUAGAUGACACAUCGAAGACUUUGUGUCUAGAGCUGAACACUUUGUCUCUCAAGCAUCCUAGACUGCUUUGGAACACAGGUAUAAAAAGACCCUGUGCUCCCAGUUGACACCACACAUAAUAGUGACCUGGAAAAUAGUGCAGGGGAGCUGGAAACCAAGCAGCCAGCAGAAAUGCAGAACAUUGGUGUAGACAGUGUUUGUGUAGAAGUGCUAUGCUCCAGCUUACAUUCUCAACUCGCUUCCAGUGCCAGCUCAGAGAUAUUGCCUGUCUACUACAUUCCUGCACUGAAUCCAGUAGAGAGUAAAUAAGUGUGCAUAAGCAGCUACUUCUGCAGCCUGGAAUUCUACCUAUCAUUUCCAGGGCAGGUAGGGAUUAGGCAUUUCUUCUCAAAAGGGAUAUGUUUUGUACUCAGAAGAGUCACUUGCAAAAUGUGAAUGGUCUUUAGAAUAUUGUUUACAAAGUAAGCCUCACAUCCAUAUUGUGGUCUUGGGUUUCAAAGGUUAUUCAGUACCCAGUUGUCUCACUUUGAAAAUAUUAAUCUAAUAGAGUGAUUGGUUCCAUUUUGCAAGAUGUCUGUGGCCUUUAGUCUGUGAGGUGGUAAAGGGGCAAAGGGUGUGUGUGUUCCAUCCACAUGCAUUUGUCAUUCUGAAGGGAAACUAUUGUUCAAUCCACUUAAGACAAAGCCCAACCUUGCUUCUCUGAAACACCCCUAAUAUCCUACCCACAAUUCCUCUGAUCUUUCCACAGAAAUGUUUGGUUUUCUAACUAGGCAUUUCUACCAGUUUGAGGUGCUAUCAGAACAUACUGCAGUGCCCAGGUACCUCCCAGUCCUGUCAGUAUUUCAGAAAUCCGAACAUUCCUGAGAUGCUGAUGUUUUCAAUUCAGAGCUGGCUACCUGGACUUUGUUAUACUGUUGUUUGGAAAGAGGCUCUGAAAGAAUGGCUUUCUGAUAUUUUUGAAUUUUAAAUGCCUAGAUCAGAUAUUCAAUGAAGCAGAGGCUUUCAGAUUGAUGGUAGAUUGAUUUGUUUCGCCAAAUGCACAGUCAGCAGUUUUGUCUCAACACCAGAUAGAUUGAUGAGUGCAGUUGGGUUCCUAAUGAAAAGCAACUGGAAAAUAGUAUUUCCACUGUGAAUUUGGUGAAAAUGUAAAAUUUUUGAUUGAAGUUGCUUUCCUCAUACAGGAAAUGAAUGACUGCUUGAAGAUUGCUGUUUUAUUGUAUUUUAUUAUAUUUUGCUGUGUUUUGUAUUAUUGUUGGCCAUCUUGAGCACCAUUGGUGGGAUACAAAUUAAGCAAACAAACAAAUAAAAUUCAUUAACGCAGGGAUGAGGAACUUGCGGCCUUCCAGAUGUUGUUGGAUUUCAACUCCCAUCAUCCCUGACUAUUGUCCAUGAACGAUGGAGCUGAUGGAGUCUUAAAAACCUAGCGGCAAACAAAUUCCCCACCAGUGUAUCAAAGCAAUGCUUUCUCUCCCCCCCCCCCUUUCCUUCUUAGUUUCACAGGGGUCAUCUAGAUCUUGUUCAGAUGCCACAGGAGGUAGGGGAUCGCACAGUAACGAUGAUGGUGAUGAUGAUGAGCCGCCUGAACGCAAACAAGUCAGAUUAAAGAGGAGGCAGGUUAUCUAUCAUAUCUUUCACUUCUCCCAUUCACAUUUGGGUGCCUAUAUAAUUUAGUGUACAGUCGUACCUUGGAAGUCGAACGGAAUCUGUUCCGGAAGUCCGUUCGGCUUCCAAAACAUUUAGAAACCAAAGUGCAGCCAAGAUCCUGCAGCCAAUUGGAAGCCGCAGAAGCCCCUUCGGACAUUCAGCUUCCAAAAAUAGUUUGCAAACCGGAACAGUCACUUCUGGGUUUGUGGCAUUCGGGAACCAAAACGUUCGAGAACUAAGCUGUUCGAAAACCGAGGUAUGACUGUACUUAUUAACCCUUACUGGCUGCUGCCAUAUUGCCUUUUUUAAAAUGUUGCUGCUUUCAUGUUAUUACUAGUGAUUUGAAUAUUCUGUGAAAUGUAAGGCUGUUCUCUUGGGUCUAUUUCUAUUGAAGAAUGACUCUCUAUAGUUUAGAUCAGGGGUCUGCAGCCUUUUUCUGUCGGGGAUCACGUGUCAGUGUUGGAAGGUGCCAAAGCCAGCAUAGCCAGGCAUUUCCUUCUCUUCUCCUUUUCUGCUCUCACUUCUCUGUCUUUUCCCUACCCUUCCUUGCUACUCAGCAGGCUGCUGAUAGACAGACACGGUUGCUCUGGCCAGGGGUUUGAACAGAUUACAGAACAGAUUACUUGUACUUUUGAAAAUGGGCCAAAGGCCACAGACAGUGGCCUGUGGAGCAGCAAAAAAAGCUAGCACUAUUCUAGGCUGCAUCCACAGAAGUAUAGUGUCCAGAUCCAGGGAAGUAAUAGUACCACUCUAUUCUGCCUUGGUCAGACCACACCUGGAAUACUUGUGUCCAGUUCUGCGCACCACAAUUUAAGAAUGGUGUUGAGAAGCUGGAACGUGUAUAGAGGAGGGCAACCAAGAUGAUCAAGGGUCUGGAAACAAAGCCUUAUGAGGAGCACUUGAAGGACCUGGGCUUGUUUAGCCUGGAAAAGAGGAGACCGAGAGGAGAUAUGAUAGCCAUUUUCAGAUAUCUUAAGGGUUGUCACGUGGAAGAGGGAGCAUGCUUGUUUUCUCCUGCACUAGAGAGUUGGACUCAAACCAAUGGCUUCAAGUUACAAGAAAGGAGAUUCCGACUAAACAUUCAGAAAAACUUUCUGACAGUAAGAGCUGUUUGACAGUGGAACAGACUCCCACGAGAGGUGGUGGACUCUCCUUCCUUGGAGGUUUUUAAGCAGAGGUUAGAUGAUCAUCUGUCAUGGAUGCUUUAGCUGAGAUUCCUGCAUUGCAGGGGGUUGGACUAGGUGGCCCUUAGGUCCCUUCCAACUCUAAGAUUCUAUGAGUUCUAUGAGUCCAAGGUUGUCCCCUCCCUUUCUGGUAGAGAUAGCCAGACUAAUGGUUUUGUACAGUUACUUUUUACCUUUCAAGCAAAAGGUCUUUAUGACAGUUUCACUGAAGACCCUAAGUCUCAAUGUGAAACAAUAUUGUGCACAAAACUUCGGGUAAUGCUGAGAAGGCAUUUAUUAGGCAUCAUUGGGGAACCUGGCUGUGCAAAUUUCCGACCUUGUAAACAAGUGAUAAAAGUCAUUAUUUGAAUUCAGUGGACACUUGUUUCUUUUGCUUAGCUGCUUUAUAAUCAUUUAGAAAUCGACUUACCCUUCAUUUGAAGUCAAAAUAGGCAGCUGUUUUGUCUCAACUUGCUGUGAACUGUAGUGACAAAUAUUUUUGUUCCUUUCUAGCCAUGAAUUGGAUGCUGAAGAACAUUCCCUGGCUGAUUCAGAAAAGAUUUGCUGUCUUUUGGGACUCAAAUAUGGCAGAGGACAAAAGUAAUAAGUGUUCUAAUGGUUUCCUUAAAGCAGGGGUGAGGAACCAUUUCAGCCUGAGGACCACCUUGCCUCUUAGGCAACCUGCCAGGGGCUGCAUGCCAGUGGUUGGCAAAAAGUGCUUUGUACAGUAGGCUACAUUCAACCCAUGCAAAAUCUAGAGGUUCCUACACACCUCUGUCCAUUCAAGCAAGUAAGAUACAAAAGCACUUCAGGAGCAGGCAGAACAGGGUCAGUGAGAGGUGUGACUUGGAAACUAUCCUGCAGAUCAGAUUGAGAAUCCUGGAGGUACACAUUUGGCCAUCAGGCCUAAGGUUCCCCAUCCCUUCCUAAAAGUGAUGCUGCUGAUGGUUGCCGGUUUUAUGUGUAGAAUAUGUCCUUUUCCUAGGUUGCUGUUGAAAUACUAUGGGUGUUCACUUCCUGCAUCUUCUUGAUAUACUAAAGUUGUCACAAAUGACGGAUGCUUAGCCUUGAUCUUAAUUACAAAAAAAAACUAAGACCAUGCGGAGGAAUGUUGCUUGUUUAUAGUAAAUAGUUUUCUUUUUCCACUAACAGUUCCUACGCGAUCCAUUUAGAUCAAAGGUAGAGAACUGGAUCUGGCCAGUGGGCCAGAUCAUGAUCUCCCUCGCCCUGGGCAGGCAAUGUUUGGUAGCUUACUUGUCAAUCACUUGGCUUCACAUUGAUGUUGGGUGGCAUUUAUGCCCUCCAUAUGUCUUGCAGAGUGCUUUGCAAAGUGCUACUCGGUACCCUCUGGAGAAACCCUUUUCAAAGUACUGCACAAGAUAGCACUUUUUUCACUGUUGCCAAGUCCCUUUCAAUCAUCUGAUCAAGGUCUUCUGGAGUGAUUUGAAAAGGACUUCUAAGCUCCUUUCAAAGCACUUAUACUUGCAAUACUUUGCAUAAACUGAUUGGUUGUGCCUGCAAAUCACCUUUCAGCUGAGCCGGAUUUUUACCUGUCCCACCCCCAACAUUAUAUAUGACAUCAUGUAUAGGGCAUGUAAGCAUGGCUUGGCUGAAAUGUCAUUGCAGACCAAAUGGGGAGACUUGAUGGGCCUAAUUAGCUAGGAGGCUUGAAGGUUCCCCAGACCUUAUUUAAAUACUUGAGUGAUUCAACACAAGAUAUAUUUGUACAAAAUGCAUUAAAGCCUUUUGGUAAGCUAUAAAUGUAUUACAGUAUGUAUAAAAGCAAAGUUUACUGCUGUGACUCCAUUAAUUUUUUAGGCCUAUUUAUGUGGCAAUGUUGGCAUGCUUAUAAAGGGGGCCUUCAGUUGAAGAAGGCACAGCUAAUAAACAUACUGUGAAGCUGAGCAAAACUUCUCCCCCCCUCACUGAAAAGGUUGUUUUUAACUUUUAUUCUGUUUUCUUCAGAUACAGAGACAUUCCUGACUUCAGUGAAAGAAGAGUGAGUCAUCUCAAUAAAAAUAUGAAGUUUAAAUCAAAAUUCUUGGACAUGCACAGAACAGUCAAGACCAAAAGGAAACAUAUAUUUUUUACAGAAGAACCUGAGACAGGGGCAGUUAAAAAGAGCAGCAUUUUGAUUAAGGUCGGUAUUGUAUAUGGUAUAUAUGAACUUGGGAUUCUGAUGUUAAAACCUGUGUGUCUGUUGGCUCUUAAAAAUAGUGCAAGAUUGUGUUCAUAAUUUAGAAUGCUCUUAGUUGCUAGUGAGAGAAAGAAAGUAGGUACAAUUUUAUGUUUCUUAGUGUAUACUAGAUUAUGUAAGUAAUUAAAUUCAUAUUAGUCUAGUAAGGACUGUAUCUUAAGAAGAGACUUCAAUGUUUAGGAAGGACGCAGCCCCAUUAUACCAUCUGGGAUUGUUCCCGGGCAUAUACAGGACCUGAGAUUUUACCAUGUCAAAAGCUCCCUACAUAUAGAUACCCUGCAGCUGCCAAGGUCAUCUGAUGUGGUGGUGCGUCAUGUGAUGACUGUACUGCAUGUCCAUCCUAAUGUUUUCGUUGGUUUGCAUAUGUACAGUAAAAGAAACUGCAACACAAUGUACCCAAGGACCAGUUUACGCAGAUAAAACAGCUUGUUUCUCUUUGCAAUGGCAUUGUCCGCUUACAUCAAGGUUCAUUGUAGACAUAACAUGAAACUAUCAGGAUUAAGGCCGAGCCAUAAUUUUUCAGCAACUUGGAUAUCACAGUAAGCAGUGGUGGAGUGGAGGAAGAGCCCUUCCUGGGGGUGGGGGGAGUCUACAAGCCUGUGAGGUGAAAUGCUCCCGAAUGUCAAAACGUAGUGUUCCUUUGUAGGGUUCUGUUGACUUCUUUCUCCUUUUACUUAGACUGCUGAAGUAGUGAUAAUCUCCCUUCAGUAGCAAGUCACAUUUCUGCAAUUGUUUGAAAUGUGGUUCUGUAAUACAUGGUCUUCCUAGGUAGAAAGCUUCUUGAAACAAGUGAAUGAGCCUGCGGAAGAGAUGUCUCAAGACAGAGUUCACCCUCCUUCUUCCAGUAGUGAUUCAGAGGAACAGGAAAACAUUGCUGGCUCACAAAAUAAUUUGGAUUCUCCUAAAAGUGACCUGCCAUUCUCCAGUUCAGAUUCUGGUAAGCGUGGAGGAAACAGCACUGAGGAAAAAGGCAAAGAAAAUCUGGUAGUAGCAACAAGUGACUGGAAGUUCCAGGAGCCUAAGGAAGAGGCAGGAAGAGAAGAUGCACAUCCUUCAGGAAGAGAGUUAGUUCCUGUGGAUAUUCCGGACUACCUGCAGGUGGAAGCAGAAGGUAUGUGAUAAUUCUGAGUAAAAGCUUUAAAAAAGUGUGUGUGUGUCUGUGUGUAUGAAUGAGAAACUGUUGAUAAGCCCCCAAAGCCUAAAAAACCCAAAAUUAAUCCCCUUUUUAUUUGCAAGAGGAAUUGUUUGGCAUUGAACAGAGUGCUACUUCACCAGCUACUCCUUUGAAUAAAAAUCCAGCUAGCAACAACUUCUGCUGGAAAUAAAUGUAGCAGGCUGGUGGGGGAGCAUGGAACUCUGCCUGCUUCUGUGAGUUUGCUUUACAAGAGAGCAGUUCCAACCUAUAGUAGAGAUCUUCUUGGUCCAAUGAACAGUUUCUUUCUCAAGAAAUGUUAUAGGAUAAGCAACAUAGGUGUUAGGGGGAGUUUUGCGUAAAAGGUUUUGUCGGUUGGUUUAAGAGAAUUUCUGUGUUCUCUUAAAUUUCUGAAAUCUCUGUGGGAGAAAAGAAUGUUUUGGUUUUCAUUGUACUAAUUUUUGUUGAAAUGUCUGUGUAUGUUUUCAGAUGCUUCUUUUGCUACUUUAUUUUUUUUAUUUCUUAUUCCCAGUGAAUAAAUUUGUAGUGAAUUUCACAUUUGAUUACUACAGUAGAUGUAGCAAUAAAGCUGUGGCUUUUUUGUUUCCCUGUUGCAAUAUCAGCAGCUGAAGUGAACAAUUACACUAAUAUUUAUUUCAGUUUAAUGGCUUUUAUUGUAUGCUAUAUUUUGCAUGCUGUUGUCCCUGUAAUCACUUUGGGACUCCUCCUGGCUCUCUGAAGCAAUGCAUAAAUUGAACUGAAAUGAGUAAUAAAAGUAGUUUAGAUUUUUCUUCGUGUUCCUAAAUCCAUUUAAGAGAAAUGAGCUAAUUGCAUGGUCCAUGGGGUCCAUGGGGUCACGAAGAGUCGGACAUGACUAAACGACUAAAGAACAACAACAAUGGUUUUCUUUGGUUUAGGUGAAGUAAAAACUACAAACAAGAGGAAAAUCAGGAUAAUACCGAAGAAGACAAACAGGUGUGGGCAGCCCCUGCCUCCUGAAAUAGUUGCUGAUCCUGAGUUGGCUAAAUACUGGGCACAGCGGUAUAGACUGUUCUCUCGAUUUGAUGAAGGAAUUCAGUUAGACAGAGGUAAAUUCAUAGUAAUGAUAGAGCUGAAUAUAUUGAUUGGAAGCUACUUUGUUUUGAAGUGAUUGGCAAGUUCUGUAAUAGACCAUUCUACACAUGUAGAUCAUCACUUGAUACUUCAGUUGCUAAAUGAUGAUUGUGCAUGUGUGAGCUAUAUACUUCACUGAUUUUUAUGUUCAAGCUUGUCCUUUUUAAGUACAGAAAUAUAACUAGUGCUUUCUUCCAUUAGAGGGAUGGUUUUCUGUUACGCCUGAGAAGAUUGCAGAGCAUAUUGCGGAUCGUGUAAGCCAGUCCUUCAACUCUGACUUAAUAGCAGAUGCAUUCUGUGGCGUAGGAGGAAAUGCUAUUCAGUUUGCCUUGGCAGGGAAAAAAGGUAAACAUUUCUGUUUGCUUCUUUUCUCUUAUCCACUGUGUGCGCAUUAAUAAUGCUAGCGUUGUGGUAGAUACAUAUAUAUAGAGAGAGAUUGUGUAUGUGUGUGUUCUAGUUAAAGCUAAAGAUUCUUACUAGGGGACAGAUCUAGUCUUUGCAAUUGGCUAAAUUCCUCCCUCCAGUUCUCAGUGUCACUUUCCACGUUGUCUUGGAAGGGUUGGAUACUGUCUCCACCCUCCACUGUGUGGAUGUAAGAGGAGGGAGGAAUCUGCAGAAGUGCCUUUCCUGCUUUCACUAGUGAGAUCCUCCAAGAGAUGGAGUCUUUUUUUCCAUGACGAUCUGAGUUCAGCCUUACGCUUUGCUUGCUUAGAAAAAUUAAACCAUUAUCAGCUUAGUUUAGAGUUACACAAUAUACACCGGCCAAAAAAAUUAUACAAAUGCAGAGAAAAUAUAGUGGUGUUAUUCCAGCUUAGGUGAUUGGUUGUUUAUGUGGCACAAGUACUAAUUCCCACUGCUUUCUUUCUUUUCAACAUACAUGACUGAUUGAAUUUUUAUUUUUUUUAAAAAAAACCUGCAUUUUGAAAAAGACCUUGUUCAUUCUUUUUAGUAAUCGCAAUCGAUAUCGACCCUGUGAAGAUCAGUCUUGCUCUCAACAAUGCAGAAGUCUAUGGAGUAGCAGAUAAAAUAGAGUUCAUCUGUGGGGACUUCAUGAAGCUAGCAUCCAGUUUAAAAGCAGAUGUUGUGUUUCUGAGCCCUCCGUGGGGUGGGCCUGAAUAUGCUGCUGCAGAAAUCUUUGAUGUUCAAACUAUGAUUUCUCCCGAUGGAUAUCCUUUUUCAAGUCACUUCUUCCACAACAGUAAAACAAAUGCUGUUUUUUCUUACAGGGUGACCGCAUAUCACAUAUUAUGCUUUCUGCCAUAUAUCAUUUCAUCUUAUACGUUAAAUUAAUACCCCACCCUUCCUCCCAAAGAAUUAUUUCCAGAGAACAGGGUCUUUCCCCCUGACUUUGUAGUUGCAAAGGGCUCAGAUGAUCUGAAAAGUGUAGGCUUAGUUUCAAGUUGCUUAUAUUAAGCUUAAGUUCUAAUGUGGUGUGUUUUUUAAUGACACACCUUGGAUAGGAAUUCCAGGGUCAUGAGUUAAGAUUUUUGUACUGUUGAAUGAUUGGUGAUGACCUUCUUCAAAGCAGCUGAUGACAGUGUUGCAAACUGAUUCUUGUAAAUCAAAUGUUCAUUGCUGUUUCUCUCAGGAGAGAUUUGGGUACUCUGACUAACAAGAGAUUUUAUUUUUAAAAGUGACCUUCUUUUCAGAAUUGGUCCUAUUUAGGAUGUUGCCUUUAUAAUGCUGACAACCAGAUUUCUGUUGUUGAAGAGGUUUUGUUUGAGUUGGCAUAAAGUCUUGUGUAAUCUGGGAAAUUUCUGUAGUUGCUUUAAAAAAAAACACCACCACAUUUUGGCAAUUCCUUGUUCUUACUUUUGACUGUCUGUUAGACAAAAGAUCCUAGGGCUGAAAAGAAUCAGAUACUUAUCAAAUCUCGCUCUUGGUCCUGUGGCGAGAUCACCUACUAAAUCUAAUAAUUCCUUCCAGGUUAACAUUUCUGAGUUCUUAUAGGAUGACUUUACAUGUGUCCUAGAUGAUUCAGUAACUAAUUCCCACAUUGAGGACCUAGUGUAAAGGGCAGUUUCAGGUUCUCAAAUUCAUCGUGAUCAUCCUUUCAGAUCUGUUGUCCAUAUGGUAUGAGUGAGGGUUAGAAACAGUUCUGUCUCUGGAGAAAUACCUUCUUUUUCCUUGGCAAUCACUCGUAGCCGAGUAAGAUUGUCUUCCAUGAAAAUGGUCUUAGCAGUUUGUCUGUAAGUGACUGUGGAGAUUGAUUCUGGAUUUGCACAUCCUUCCACAGUGAGGACACAGGUCGCUCUAUUGGACGCAGUUUUUCCCCUCCAAAAAUUGAGGGGAAAUGUGUGUGCGUCAUAUGGAGCAAAUGCAGGCUUGUGCCAGGGAGAGGCUGCACGAGGCUAUGGCUUCUUUAGCUCCACGCAGCCUCUCCUGGCAGGGAGAGAUUGCGCGGGGCUAAAGAGGAAGCUAAAGCAGCGAGCGGGAUCCAUCCCGCUCGCUGCCUUGGCUUGUGCCAUAGCCGCACGCAACCCCUCCAGCAGGGAGAGGUUGUGCGCAGCCUGUACGUUGCUCUUUGGGGCUGGGGAGGAAAUUUUUUUUUAUUGAUUUCCCCAUCUAAAAACUAGGUGCGCCCCAUGGUCCGGUGCGCCCUAUGGAGCAAAAAAUACGGUAGAUCACUGUGAGGAUUUGCCAAACGUUUCUCCCUUUCGGCCUGAGUUCAUGCUUCUUCAAAGUCCAUGCUGCCUUUGGUAGAGGCUAUUCUCCAACUGACGGGCUCUUUGUCACCAGUGGUUGGUGUUUAUACUACAUUUUAAAGGAUUUACCUUGAGAUAAUCUUUAAACCUCUUUUGCUGUCCACCAGCAUUAUGCUUAUCAUUCUUAAGUUGGGAAUAGAGUAGUUGCUUUGGAAGACGAUCAUCAGGCAUCCGAACAACAUUUGACAGGUAGUUUGGGUAUGGUCAGUACAUGCAGCAGAGAAGCUGGAAAUUAGGUUGGAGAGACCUAAAGUGGUUGCAUGGAAUAUACCACUUAAACUGCAAGGGGUAGGGGGAGACAUGUUUUUGAAAGUGAUUAACACCUCUAAAUUGAAAAUUAGCAUAGCAAGAAGGCUAAUCUGAACAAUACUUCUUGCUGAUUUGUUAAUGCUUUGUUUUCAUUUUUAUACUUGCAAAUAGUUGUGUUUUGCUUUUUACUAGAAUAUUUAAAAACUAACAGUGGUACCUCGGGUUACAUAUGCUUCAGGUUACAGAUGCUUCAGGUUACAGACUCUGCUAACCCAGAAAUAGUACUUCAGGUUAAGAACUUUGCUUCAGGAUGAGAACAAAAAUCGUGCUCCAGUGGCACGGCAGCAGCAGGACGCUCCAUUAGCUAUAGUGUUGCUUCAGGUUAAGAACAGUUUCAGGUUAAGAACGGACCUCCGGAACGAAUUAAGUACCGUAGAUUCCAGCAUAUAAGACAACUUUGUAACCCCAGAAAAGAGGUUAAAAAGUCGGGGGUCGUCUUAUACGCCGGGUAUGGGCGGGGAGGAGCCCGCUCCGCACCGGGCGGCUUUCUCCCAGCGCGGAGCUGCCCAGCGUAUUAGAUGACUGGACUUAUAAGACGAACCCCCAAAUUGCAGCUGCCAAUUUGGGGGGUCAUCUAAUACACCCAGUCACCUAAUACGCCGGAAUCUAUGGUACUUAAUCCGAGGUACCACUGUACCUAUCUUGCAUUCUGAAGUGGUACAAUCCACUCUGCUACCUCAUCCUGCUGCUUGUGUAGACUAGGGCCCUGAUCAGAAUAUCACUCACGGUAUUCUGUAUAUGCCUGUGGAAGAAUGUGUGUUACCUUAGGGGACUGUCUUACUAAAAGAGGCAUCCCCAUUGAAAGAGUAUUUGCUUUUUCUUCCUUAACACAUCUGUACAUUUGAAAUUUUCAAGCUGUCGCAAAAGAUUACCAGCAAGAUUGUGUACUUUCUUCCUCGUAAUGCUAACAUAGAUCAGGUAAGUUUUAAUUUGCAGAUUCAGGAGUAGUGCUAAUCUAGAGACGUAGGGUAGAAUUCAGUGUUGCGCAUUUGCAGCAUGCCAAAAGGAAUGAUCCCCCCCCCCACACACACACUGUUCUGGGGACUCUCCCCACACCUACUCAAGCCAUUUUGGGGGGCAGAGGUGGGGAAAGCCCUGUUGCACAAGUGAAAGUCCUUAUGCAAGGCUUCUGCUGACUGACUUCUGCCCCUGAGCUGCGAACAGACAUUUCACCUCUGCCCAGUGGGCUUAAGUCUGUCUUUCACCUUCCAUUUCUUCCCACCUCCAUCUACAAUAUGGCGAUAACACUGACCUACCUUACACGUUUGCUGUAAGGAGUACUGAGAGCCUAUGUAGAAUGUGUAAGAUUGAAUAUUAUUGUUAUCGAGCUUUCUCCCUGUAGAACAAGGAUGGGGAAUCAGGUGGCCUCUACAUCUCCAAUCAUUCCCAACCUUGCCCAUUACAGAGUGGAGCUGACGGGAGUUGGAGUCCAACACCUGGAGGGCUACGGGUCCUAGAAUGCUAAAUAUGUAUUUUUGUUGUAAAAAAAAGUAGGCUCUUUGACAUUCAAUAACCUUAGAAGUUUGGGCAGAAAGGACCGAAGGGAAACAUGAUAGAGGUUGAACAGCAUAGACAGUAUGGAUAGUGUUUAUCAUUCUGUGCUAGAAACUGAGGUCACUCUGUGAGAUUGAGUGGCGGAGCAGACAGAAAGAAAAACAUAAUUUAUAUCAGUGAGUACACGAAAAGUUAGCAAGGACCACUAGCUUAGAUAGCAUUUUUUAAGGGUUAGGCCAAUCCAUAGGGGCUAGGUCUGUUAAUGACUACUAUAUAAAUGGAUUCUCUUUGUUCUGAGGCAAUGUAACCCUAGAUACUAGUUGAUGCGGAGCAAAGAACUCAAGAGAACUGGACCAGGUGUAAUUUUUUGGCAAAGACCAUCACUAAAUGUUUUGCUGUACUGGGCUGGUGCAGCUGCAACUUUUCCAAUGCUAGUAAUUAUUUAAAAGUUGGUAAUUGGGUUAUUAGCUUUCUCCCUUUGCACACAGAUCUCUCCUCUUUUUACUUAAGGAUUUUUGACUUAAGGAUUUUUGACUUAAGGAUUUAAGCAUUCUAAUGAUGGUUAAGGGUGUUCCCAAGCCCUGGUCGUUUAGCAUUAAAACCUUGUUUUAGGAAUGUCUUCAAGCAUGGCUAGCAAUGAAAGGCUUGCAGGCUGCACAUCAGAGAUCCUGAACUAUACCUGUUACACUACCUUGUACUGGGGUCUGACAUUACACUUCAAAAGUUUGGGCACCGUUACUUUGCAUUUUCAGUUUUCUUACAACAUUUACAUUGUUGUAGAUGUAGCAAUAUACAAACCCCCACAAAGUUUAAUAUAAGCAGUUAAUAACCAAAUCCAGCCUUAAAAUGUUGAAGAUAUAUAAACACUGCCUGAAGGGGCAAAGGUGAUCAAACUUGAAUUAUUGUCAGUUUCUUUCUACUUCCUCUAGAGGGAGCAGUCAUACCAAAAAGAUACAGAUAGCAUAAGUAAAUUAUGCAUGCUGUGCUUUUAAACUAAGCAAAGAAUGAACUGUUUGGUGUUUGCUGCUGGCUUUCUUUAUACACUUUUCAGGACAGAGUUUUCAGGUUGUGGGAUACUUGGCAUGAAAGUAUUUUUGUUUAAAAAACUCAGAACCACAAAAGCAAAAUGAAGGUAAACUAGGUCAACAAAUGUUGUUUUUGUGGUGUUUGUUAUUAGACAUAAUUAUGUUUGCUCAUGAUGGGGACUUAAUAGCAACUUGCAGUAAAAAAUACUACUUCAAAGGCAAUUUAUAUGGAUGUACACACCUACCCUGGAAUAGGACAGACUUUUAUUAAAAGUUCAUUGUAUGUAUGUUUGCACACACACAUCCAGACCACUAUUCCCAGUGUGCUGUCAUUUCUGGGACUGAUCUUUCUAGAAGCUGAACGUUUGGGCUUACAGUCUAAGCCAUUGUCUGUUCUUCAGUUGCAGUUCUAGGUUUGUUGCAAUAACAAAGUACGUAGAGAAAAGCAGAUACUUAUCCCCUCAGGAUCAUGAGCCUUUUCCCAAGUUUACAUAAAAGUCUGCUGAGAUAUUGCAGAUUCCAAAAUUCCAAAAGUUUCCCAAAAUGUCAGAUCCUGCUAAUGUUAACAGAGAUAAAAAGUGGUAGCACAUGAAAAAGCAUAACUUAAAAAUGUCAGUGAUAGCUUGUACAAUCAAAUAGGAAAAUGGUCCCAGAUGGGCAGGUGUGUCAAGUUAGCGGGAUGUAAUCACAGGUAAAUGUGCAUAGGAUGGCAUCUUUGUGGUGAGGGACCUGUCAAGUUUGGGAUGCUCAGAUAUGUUUUUCCUAAGUAAUCUUUGCUACACAGACUAGACAGAUCUCAUCACUGAUAGCAUUAUUUGCACAAGCGUAAUGGAUAUCCCUUUCAAAUAUCAACACAGCUUCCACAUCCAAUUCUAUCCUAGGAAGCAGGAAGAUUUGUGUGUGUGUUUUUUUCUUUUUUCAGAUAUGUUAACUCAAAUUUAAACCAUUGGAGAUGAUCAUGAACAAGUCUGACUGGGUUCAGUAAUCUAUAGGCAGGCACUCUGGAACUGUACAUCUCCAUGUCCUGCAGAUAGAGAACAUGUACACUGAGAACAGAAAGAGUUGUGAAAUUUAUUCCAUUAGGCUGAGCCCAGCAAAUAUGGGCAUUUCACAUCCAGAUGCUCAAAUUUGUGAGAAGGCCCCAUUGAGCUUUACAGGACACACAUUGUCCAUCUGAGGCUUUGAGAUGAGGGUGUCCUCCAGACCAUUUUGAAAUUUCCAUGUAGCACCUUGCCAUAAGCAGCUGGUAACUGGAAGUGACGUAUAUUUGAAUGACGAUCCCUCCUUCUUUCAAUUGAUGGGGUGAACAGAAAUUCAUUUUCUCUAAGAAUGUUUAUUUUUGAGAGUUGCAUCUCUUAAAUAUAAUCCAAUCUGUUUUUCCCUAAAAGCCUGCUGUGCUGCCUACAUGCACGUGUGUUUUAACAAAACAAGUGCGCAUAGGACAGGAACUGAGUAAAUGCAGUUUCCAGAAGCAGUUAGAUUGUAUUGAGGGUCUUGUGUAAUCCAGUUUUUCCCCUUAACUCUCAGGGUUCAAUGAACUUUAGAGAAAUCCACUUGCGGUAAUAUAACCAGUCCACACAAGUAGAUCAUUACUCCAGUCAUUUGUACAAAAGCAAAAAUGGAAACUGCUGAGAUAUUUUGGGGAGUCAAGAUAAGUUAGUAAUUCCUUAAUGAAUCACUGCACCACAGACAAGAUUUUCCCUUAUCUAGCAAGGAGGUCAGGAAGUAGCACUGGGAAAUGGGAGGGUUUUAGUAAACGUAGGUUUGUCACUGGGAGGGUUUAUAUUCAAUCAGAUAUGCUUCCUUCAAGUUUACUCUUUUACUACUUAAGUGCUUAUGCUGGCAUGUCAUGAAUUGAUAUUCUAUCCAAAUACAGCCAUGGGAGGAGGCAUUAGCCACAUUCACAUGUCACAUGGUUUGCAAUGCACAAAUGAGUCACAGCUGCUUUCCUUCUCCCUCUGAGUGUUGGGAGAAAACAAACCAUCAUUCUGGUUUGUGUUUCAUUUGAACCAGGGUUUGUAGGUUUGUUUCACUCCCAAAUGAUCUGGCUACAGAUUGUGGUUUGUUAGGGCUGAGACAAACCACAGUCCCCGAUUUGGAUGUAGCACUAGGCGAAGAAUGUGAUUUGCUUUCACCUAACCAUAGCAGGGUGGUAGGCGUGAUUUUUGUAUGCAUGGUAAGCUAUGGUUUGUGCUUCACAGUGACAUGUGAAUGUGGCCAAUUGGUGAUGGAAUUGGCAUUAAUACAGGUGCCACAUAAUACAGAUAGUCAGUUUAAAGAUGCCAGUUUAAAGGACUUAUCACCCUCUUUUUGCUAUUAAAGGGGGCCAUAGGUCACUGGUAAAGCAUCUGCUUUGCAUUCAGAAGCUCCCAGGCCCCAUCCACAGCAUCUCCAGGCAGGGCUGGGAGAGAACGCUCUCUGAAACCCUGAAGAGCUGCUGCCAGUCAGUGUAGACAAUGCUGAGCUAGAUGGAUCUAUAGUCUGACACUGUAUAAGACUGAGCUUCCUGUAUUUCUAAGUGUCAACAGUCUGGUUCCAUUCCAGUUCAAAUGGAACAUAUCCUCUUUGUACGGGCCUUGCUUGCCCCAAAAUGUCCCCCACUUUUGAACAAAAAGAAACCUGUUUCCCCACACACCAUGGCCUUAUCAAUGAAUAGAGCUCCUUAGCUAUGCCUUCCUAGCUGUCCCUGUGUAUGGAACAGGUAGCAUUUAUUUCAACUUCUUAUGGACUUGAUUAUUUCCCCAGCAGAGGCUUAUAGUCGCCUAUCAAAGUUCUUGUGGUAGUGGGUUUUCUGAAACAGGUUGGGCUAGAUGAGCCUUCCUGCUUAUACUACUACUACUAAUAAUAAUAAUAAUAAUAACAAUAAUAACUUAUUCUUUAUAUGCCACCCAUCUGACUGGGUUCCCCCAGCCACUCUGGACAGCUUCCAGCAAAUUCAGACAUCAAACACAGUAAGACAUCAAGCAUUAAAAACUUCCCUGAACAGGGAUGUCUUCUAAAAGUCAGGUGUUUAUCUCCUUGACAUCUGAUGGGAGGGCGGGGACGACUACUGAGAAGGCCCUCUGACCAGUUCCCUGUAACCUCGCAGUGAGGGAACUGUCAGAAGACUCUCAGAGCUGGACCUCAGUGUCCAGGAUAAAUGAUGGGGAUAGAGACACCCCUUCAGGUAUACAGGGCUGAGGAUGUUUAGGGCUUUUAAGGUCCUGAAUCUAUUGCCAUCUCGGUGUCACAUUUUGAGUUAUUUAACAGUUCUUGUUUUUCUUUCUUUUUACUUUUUAGGUGGCUUCCUUAGCUGGGCCAGGAGGAAAAGUUGAAAUAGAACAAAACUUUCUGAACAACAAAUUGAAAACCAUAACUGCAUACUUCGGUGAUCUAAUAAAAAAACAUGCACCUUGA